UUGUAUCCGCCUCUGCCCCAGCAGGUGAUACUGCGUACCACGCUGGGCGACCUGGAUAUCGAGCUGUGGCCCAAGGAGGCCCCCAAGGCCGUGCGCAACUUUGGCUUGCUGCAGCUGUGCAUGGAGGGCUACUACGAUGGCACCAUCUUUCACCGCCUGAUCAAGGACUUCAUGCUGCAAGGCGGCGACCCCACCGGCACCGGAAAUGGCGGCGAGUCCAUCUAUGGCCAUCCAUUCAAGGACGAGUUCCACUCCCGCCUCAAGUUCAACCACCGCGGCGUGGUGGCCUGCGCCAACCAGAACAAGGCAGACACCAACGGCUCGCAGUUCUUCGUCACCCUGGACCGCGCCGACCACUGCAACCGCCAGUACACCAUCUUUGGGAAGAUCACGGGCAAGCAGCGGCACUCCGCGCCCGCAGCGCAGCGCGACACCAUCUACAACCUGUCCCGCUUCAAUGAGCUGGAGGUGGAUGAUGACGACCGGCCCGCGCACCCGCCAGUGCUGACGCGGGCAGACGUGCUGUGGAACCCCUUUGACGACCUGCGGCCGCGGGCGGAGGCCAGGGGGGCAGAGGCGGCGGCGGCAGAGGCCAAGAGGCAGUCGCGCAAGCAGGGCAAGAACUUCGCCCUCAUGUCGUUUGGGGAGGAGGCGGAGGAGGAGGACCAGGAGGCGGCAGAGGCGGCGGCCAAGCUGAAGAUCAAGUCGGCGCACGAUGCGUUGGAGGAUGAGCAGCUGGCCAAAGAGCCGGUGGUAGAC